AUGCGAGGCAAGGCGCGCGCGCGGACCAAGGCGCGCGCCCGGACCAAGGCGCGCCCCCGGACCAAGGCGCGCCCCCGGACCAAGGCGCGCUCCCGGACCAAGGCGCGCCCCCGGACCAAGGCGCGCCCCCGGACCAAGGCGCGCGCCCGGACCAAGGCGCGCUCCCGGACCAAGGCGCGCCCCCGGACCAAGGCGCGCCCCCGGACCAAGGCGCGCGCGCCUGGACCAAGGCGCGCGCGCCCGGAUCAAGGCGCGCGCCCGGACCAAGGCGCGCGCCCGAACCAAGGCGCCCCCGGACCAAAGCGCGCUCCCGGACCAAGGCGCGCCCGCAGACCAAGGCGCGCGCCCGGACCAAGGCGCGCGCGCCCAGACCAAGGCGCGCCCCCGGACCAAGGCGCGCCCCCGGACCAAGGCGCGCCCCCGGACCAAGGCGCGCCCCCGGACCAGGGCGCGCGCGCGGACCAAGGCGCGCGCGAGGACCAAGGCGCGCGCCCGGGCCGAGGCGCGCGCGCCCAGACCAAGGCGCGCCCCCGGACGAAGGCGCGCCUUCGGACCAAGGCGCGCCCCCGGACCAAGGCGCGCUCCCGGACCAAGGCGCGCUCCCGGACCAAGGCGGGCGCCCGGACCAAGGCGCGCGCCCGGACCAAGGCGCGCGCGCCCGGACCAAGGCGCGCCCCCGAACCAAGGCGCGCCCCCGGACCAAGGCGCUCUCCUGGACCAAGGCGCGCUCCCGGACCAAGGCGCGCGCCCGGACCAAGGCGUGCGCGCCCGGACCAAGGCGCGCCCCCGGACCAAGGCGCGCGCCCGGACCAAGGCGCGCCCCCGGACCAAGGCGCGCCCCCAGACCAAGGCGCGCUCCCGGACCAAGGCGCGCGCCCGGACCAAGGCGCGCGCCCGGACCAAGGCGCUCCCCCGGACCAAGGCGCGCCCCCGGACCAAGGCGCGCCCCCGGACCAAGGCGCGCCCCCGGACCAAGGCGCACUCCCGGACCAAGACGCGCUCCCGGACCAAGGCGCCGCCCGGACCAAGGCGCGCCCCAGGACCAAGGCGCACCCCCGGACCAAGGCGCGCCCCUGGACCAAGGCGCGCCCGGACCAAGGCGCGCGCGCCCGGACCAAGGCGCGCCCCCGGACCAAGGCGCUCCCCUGGACCAAGGCGCGCCCCCGGACCAAGGCGCGCGCGCGGACCAAGGCGCGCGCUCGGACCAAGGCGCGCCCCCGGAACAAGGCGCGCGCCCGGACCAAGGCGCGCCCCCGGACCAAGGCGCGCUUCCGGACCAAGGCGCGAGCGCCUGGACCAAGGUGCGCGCGCGCGCCUGGACCAAGGCGCGCGCGCCCGGACCAAGGGGCGCGCGCCCGGACCAAGGCGCUCGCCCGGACCAAGGCGCGCCCCCGGACCAAGGCGCGCCCCCGGACCAAGGCGCGCGCCCGGACCAAGGCGCGCGCCCGGACCAAGGCGCGCGCUCGGACCAAGGCGCGCGCUCGGACCAAGGCGCGCCCCCGAACCAAGGCGCGCGCCCGGACCAAGGCGCGCCCCCGGACCAAGACGCGCUUCCGGACCAAGGCGCGCGCGCCUGGCCUAAGGUGCGCGCGCGCGUCCGGACCAAGGCGCGCGCGGCCGGACCAACGCGCGCGCGCCCGGACCAAGGCGAGCGCCCGGACCAAGGCGCGCCCCCGGACCAAGGCGCGCCCCCGGACCAAGGCGCGCUCCCGGACCAAGGCGCGCGCCCCCGGACCAAGGCGCGAUCCCGGACCAAGGCGCGCGUUCGGACCAAGGCGCGCCCCUGGACCAAGGCGCGCGCCCGGACCAAAGCGCGCGCGGACCAAGGCGCGCCCCCGGUCCAAGGCGCGACCCCGGACCAAGGCGCGCCUUCGGACCAAGGCGCGCCCCAGGACCAAGGAACGCGCCCGGACCAAGGCGCGCGCACCCGGACCAACGCGCGCGCGCGCCCGGACCAAGGCGCGCGCCCGGACCAAGGCGCGCCCCCGGACCAAGGCGCGCGCCCGGACCAAGGCGCGCCCCCGGACCAAGGCGCGCCCCCAGACCAAGGCGCGCUCCCGGACCAAGGCGCGCGCCCGGACCAAGGCGCGCGCCCGGACCAAGGCGCUCCCCCGGACCAAGGCGCGCCCCCGGACCAAGGCGCGCGCGCCCGGACCAAGGCGCUCGCGCGGACCAAGGCGCGCGCUCGGACCAAGGCGCGCCCCCGAUCCAAGGCACGCGCCCGGACCAAGGCGCGCCCCCGGACCAAGGCGCGCUUCCGGACCAAGGCGCGCGCGCCUGGACCAAGGUGCGCGCGCGCGUCCGGACCAAGGCGCGCGCGCCCGGACCAAGGCGCGCGCGCCCGGACCAAUGCGCGCGCCCGAACCAAGGCGCGCCCCCGGACCAAGGCGCGCGCGCGGACCAAGGCGCGCUCCCGGACCAAGGCGCGCGCCCGGACCAAGGCGCGCGCCCCCGGAUCAAGGCGCGAUCCGGGACCAAGGCGCGCGUUCGGACCAAGGCGCGCGUUCGACUAAGGCGCGCGCGCCCGGACCAAGGCGCGCGCGCGGACCAAGGCGCGCGUUCGGACCAAGGCGCGCCCCCGGACCAAGGCGCGCGCGCCCGGACCAAUGCGCGCCCCCGGACCAAGGCGCGCCCCCGGACCAAGGCGCACUCCCGGACCAAGACGCGCUCCCGGACCAAGGCGAGCGCCCGGACCAAGGCGCGCCCCAGGACCAAGGCGCGCCCCCGGACCAAGGCGCGCCCCUGGACCAAGGCGUGCGCCCGGACCAAGGCGCACGCCCGGACCAAGGCGCGCCCGGACCAAGGCGCGCGCGCCCGAACCAAUGCGCGUCCCCGGACCAAGGUGCGCCCCCGGACCAAGGCGCGCCCCCGGACCAAGGCGCGCCCCCGGACCAAGGCGCGCUCCCGGACCAAGGCGCGCGCCCGGACCAAGGCGCGCCCCCGGACCAAGGCGCUCCCCCGGACCAAGGCGCGCCCCCGGACCAAGGCCCGCCCCCGGACCAAGGCGCGCCCCCGGACCAAGGCGCGCUCCCGGACCAAGGCGCGCGCCCAAACCAAGGCGCGCCCUCGGAGCAAGGCGCGCCCCCGGACCAAGGCGCACUCCCGGACCAAGACGCGCUCCCGGACCAAGGCGCGCGCCCGGACCAACGCGCGCCCCAGGACCAAGGCGCGCCCCCGGACCAAGGCGCGCACCCGGACCAAGGCGCGCGCCCGGACCAAGGCGCGCCCGGACCAAGGCGCGCGCGCCCAGACCAAUGCGCGCCCCCGGACCAAUGCGCGCCCCCGGACCAAUGCGCGCCCCCGGACCAAGGCGCGCGCCCGGACCAAGGCGCGCGCCCCCGGAUCAAGGCGCGAUCCGGGACCAAGGCGCGCGUUCGGACCAAGGCGCGCGUUCGACUAAGGCGCGCGCGCCCGGACCAAGGCGCGCGCGCGGACCAAGGCGCGCGUUCGGACCAAGGCGCGCCCCCGGACCAAGGCGCGCGCGCCCGGACCAAUGCGCGCCCCCGGACCAAGGCGCGCCCCCGGACCAAGGCGCACUCCCGGACCAAGACGCGCUCCCGGACCAAGGCGAGCGCCCGGACCAAGGCGCGCCCCAGGACCAAGGCGCGCCCCCGGACCAAGGCGCGCCCCUGGACCAAGGCGUGCGCCCGGACCAAGGCGCACGCCCGGACCAAGGCGCGCCCGGACCAAGGCGCGCGCGCCCGAACCAAUGCGCGUCCCCGGACCAAGGUGCGCCCCCGGACCAAGGCGCGCCCCCGGACCAAGGCGCGCCCCCGGACCAAGGCGCGCUCCCGGACCAAGGCGCGCGCCCGGACCAAGGCGCGCCCCCGGACCAAGGCGCUCCCCCGGACCAAGGCGCGCCCCCGGACCAAGGCCCGCCCCCGGACCAAGGCGCGCCCCCGGACCAAGGCGCGCUCCCGGACCAAGGCGCGCGCCCAAACCAAGGCGCGCCCUCGGAGCAAGGCGCGCCCCCGGACCAAGGCGCACUCCCGGACCAAGACGCGCUCCCGGACCAAGGCGCGCGCCCGGACCAACGCGCGCCCCAGGACCAAGGCGCGCCCCCGGACCAAGGCGCGCACCCGGACCAAGGCGCGCGCCCGGACCAAGGCGCGCCCGGACCAAGGCGCGCGCGCCCAGACCAAUGCGCGCCCCCGGACCAAUGCGCGCCCCCGGACCAAGGCGCGCCCCCUGACCAAGGCGCGCCCCCGGACCAAGGCGCGCGCCCGGACCAAGGCGCGCGCGCCCAAACCAAGGCGCUCGCGCCCGGACCAAGGCGCGCCCCCGGACCAAGGCGCGCCCCCGGACCAAGGCGCGCUCCCGGACCAAGGCGCGCGCCCGGACCAAGGCGCGCCCCCGGACCAAGGCGCGCGCCCGGACCAAGGCGCGCGCCCGGACCAAGGCGCGCGCCCGGACCAAGGCGCGCCCCCGGACCAAGGGGCGCUCGCCCGGACCAAGGUGCGCGCGCGGACCAAGGCGCGCGCUCGGACCAAGGCGCGCGCUCGGACCAAGGCGCGCCCCCGGACCAAGGCGCGCUUCCUGACCAAGGUGCGCGCGCGCGCCCGGACCAAGGCGCACGCCCGAACCAAGGUGCGCCCCCGGACCAAGGCGCGCUCCCGGACCAAGGCGUGCGCCCGGACCAAGGUGCGCCCGAGGACCAAGGCGCGCCCCCGGACCAAGGCGCGCCCCUGGACCAAGGCGCGCGCCCGGACCAAGGCGCGCGCCCAGACCAAGGCGUACCCGGACCAAGGCGCGCGCGCCCGGACCAAUGCGCGCCCCCGGACCAAGGCGCGCCCCCGGACCAAGGCGCACUCCCGGACCAAGACGCGCUCCCGGACCAAGGCGCGCGCCCGGACCAAGGCGCGCCCCAGGACCAAGGCGCGCCCCCGGACCAAGGCGCGCCCCUGGACCAAGGCGCGCGCCCGGACCAAGGCGCGCCCCCGGACCAAGGCGCGCCCGGACCAAGGCGCGCGCGCCCGGACCAAUGCACGCCCCCGGACCAAGGCGCGCCCCCGGACCAAGGCGCGCCCCCGGACCAAGGCGCGCCCCCGGACCAAGGCGCGCUCCCGGACUAAGGCGCGCCCCCGGACCAAGGCGCGCCCCCGGACCAAGGCGCUCCCUCGGACCAAGGCGUGCCCCCGGAACAAGGCGCGCGCGCCCGGACAAAGGCGCGCGCGCGGACCAAGGCGCGCGCUCGGACCAAGGCGCGCGCUCGGACCAAGGCGCGCCCCCGGACCAAGGCGCGCGCCCGGACCAAGGCGCGCCCCCGGACCAAGGCGCGCUUCCGGACCAAGGCGCGAGCGCCUGGACCAAGGCGCGCGCGCGCGCCCGGACCAAGGCGCGCGCGCCCGGACCAAGGCGCUCGCUCGGACCAAGGCGCGCGCCCGAACCAAGGCGCGCCCCCGGACCAAGGCGCGCCCCCGGACCAAGGCACGCGCCCGGACCAAGGCGCGCCCCCGGACCAAGGCGCGCGCGCCUGGACCAAGGCGCGCGCGCCCGGAUCAAGGCGCGCGCCCGGACCAAGGCGCGCGCCCGAACCAAGGCGCCCCCGGACCAAAGCGCGCUCCCGGACCAAGGCGCGCCCGCGGACCAAGGCGCGCGCCCGGACCAAGGCGCGCGCGCCCAGACCAAGGCGCGCCCCCGGACCAAGGCGCGCCCCCGGACCAAGGCGCGCCCCCGGACCAAGGCGCGCGCGCGGACCAAGGCGCGCGCGAGGACCAAGGCGCGCGCCCGGGCCGAGGCGCGCGCGCCCAGACCAAGGCGCGCCCCCGGACCAAGGCGCGCCUUCGGACCAAGGCGCGCCCCCGGACCAAGGUGCGCGCGCGGACCAAGGCGCGCGCGAGGACCAAGGCGCGCACGCGGACCACUGCGCGCCCGGACCAAGGCGCGCCCCCGGACCAAGGCGCGCUCCCGGACCAAGGCGCGCUCCCGGACCAAGGCGGGCGCCCGGACCAAGGCGCGCGCCCGGACCAAGGCGCGCGCGCCCGGACUAAGGCGCGCCCCCGAACCAAGGCGCGCCCCCGGACCAAGGCGCUCUCCUGGACCAAGGCGCGCUCCCGGACCAAGGCGCGCGCCCGGACCAAGGCGUGCGCGCCCGGACCAAGGCGCGCCCCCGGACCAAGGCGCGCGCCCGGACCAAGGCGCGCCCCCGGACCAAGGCGCGCCCCCAGACCAAGGCGCGCUCCCGGACCAAGGCGCGCGCCCGGACCAAGGCGCGCGCCCGGACCAAGGCGCUCCCCCGGACCAAGGCGCGCCCCCGGACCAAGGCGCGCCCCCGGACCAAGGCGCGCCCCCGGACCAAGGCGCACUCCCGGACCAAGACGCGCUCCCGGACCAAGGCGCCGCCCGGACCAAGGCGCGCCCCAGGACCAAGGCGCACCCCCGGACCAAGGCGCGCCCCUGGACCAAGGCGCGCCCGGACCAAGGCGCGCGCGCCCGGACCAAGGCGCGCCCCCGGACCAAGGCGCUCCCCUGGACCAAGGCGCGCCCCCGGACCAAGGCGCGCGCGCGGACCAAGGCGCGCGCUCGGACCAAGGCGCGCCCACGGACCAAGGCGCGCGCCCGGACCAAGGCGCGCCCCCGGACCAAGGCGCGCUUCCGGACCAAGGCGCGAGCGCCUGGACCAAGGUGCGCGCGCGCGCCUGGACCAAGGCGCGCGCGCCCGGACCAAGGGGCGCGCGCCCGGACCAAGGCGCUCGCCCGGACCAAGGCGCGCCCCCGGACCAAGGCGCGCCCCCGGACCAAGGCGCGCGCCCGGACCAAGGCGCGCGCCCGGACCAAGGCGCGCGCUCGGACCAAGGCGCGCCCCCGAACCAAGGCGCGCGCCCGGACCAAGGCGCGCCCCCGGACCAAGACGCGCUUCCGGACCAAGGCGCGCGCGCCUGGCCUAAGGUGCGCGCGCGCGUCCGGACCAAGGCGCGCGCGGCCGGACCAACGCGCGCGCGCCCGGACCAAGGCGAGCGCCCGGACCAAGGCGCGCCCCCGGACCAAGGCGCGCCCCCGGACCAAGGCGCGCUCCCGGACCAAGGCGCGCGCCCGGACCAAGGCGCGCGCCCCCGGACCAAGGCGCGAUCCCGGACCAAGGCGCGCGUUCGGACCAAGGCGCGCCCCUGGACCAAGGCGCGCGCCCGGACCAAAGCGCGCGCGGACCAAGGCGCGCCCUCGGUCCAAGGCGCGACCCCGGACCAAGGCGCGCCUUCGGACCAAGGCGCGCCCCAGGACCAAGGAACGCGCCCGGACCAAGGCGCGCGCACCCGGACCAACGCGCGCGCGCCCGGACCAAGGCGCGCGCCCGGACCAAGGCGCGCCCCCGGACCAAGGCGCGCGCCCGGACCAAGGCGCGCCCCCGGACCAAGGCGCGCCCCCAGACCAAGGCGCGCUCCCGGACCAAGGCGCGCGCCCGGACCAAGGCGCGCGCCCGGACCAAGGCGCUCCCCCGGACCAAGGCGCGCCCCCGGACGAAGGCGCGCGCGCCCGGACCAAGGCGCUCGCGCGGACCAAGGCGCGCGCUCGGACCAAGGCGCGCCCCCGAUCCAAGGCACGCGCCCGGACCAAGGCGCGCCCCCGGACCAAGGCGCGCUUCCGGACCAAGGCGCGCACGCCUGGACCAAGGUGCGCGCGCGCGUCCGGACCAAGGCGCGCGCGCCCGGACCAAGGCGCGCGCGCCCGGACCAAUGCGCGCGCCCGAACCAAGGCGCGCCCCCGGACCAAGGCGCGCGCGCGGACCAAGGCGCGCUCCCGGACCAAGGCGCGCGCCCGGACCAAGGCGCGCGCCCCCGGAUCAAGGCGCGAUCCGGGACCAAGGCGCGCGUUCGGACCAAGGCGCGCGUUCGACUAAGGCGCGCGCGCCCGGACCAAGGCGCGCGCGCGGACCAAGGCGCGCGUUCGGACCAAGGCGCGCCCCCGGACCAAGGCGCGCGCGCCCGGACCAAUGCGCGCCCCCGGACCAAGGCGCGCCCCCGGACCAAGGCGCACUCCCGGACCAAGACGCGCUCCCGGACCAAGGCGAGCGCCCGGACCAAGGCGCGCCCCAGGACCAAGGCGCGCCCCCGGACCAAGGCGCGCACCUGGACCAAGGCGUGCGCCCGGACCAAGGCGCACGCCCGGACCAAGGCGCGCCCGGACCAAGGCGCGCGCGCCCGAACCAAUGCGCGUCCCCGGACCAAGGUGCGCCCCCGGACCAAGGCGCGCCCCCGGACCAAGGCGCGCCCCCGGACCAAGGCGCGCUCCCGGACCAAGGCGCGCGCCCGGACCAAGGCGCGCCCCCGGACCAAGGCGCUCCCCCGGACCAAGGCGCGCCCCCGGACCAAGGCCCGCCCCCGGACCAAGGCGCGCCCCCGGACCAAGGCGCGCUCCCGGACCAAGGCGCGCGCCCAAACCAAGGCGCGCCCUCGGAGCAAGGCGCGCCCCCGGACCAAGGCGCACUCCCGGACCAAGACGCGCUCCCGGACCAAGGCGCGCGCCCGGACCAACGCGCGCCCCAGGACCAAGGCGCGCCCCCGGACCAAGGCGCGCACCCGGACCAAGGCGCGCGCCCGGACCAAGGCGCGCCCGGACCAAGGCGCGCGCGCCCAGACCAAUGCGCGCCCCCGGACCAAUGCGCGCCCCCGGACCAAGGCGCGCCCCCUGACCAAGGCGCGCCCCCGGACCAAGGCGCGCGCCCGGACCAAUGCGCGCGCGCCCAAACCAAGGCGCUCGCGCCCGGACCAAGGCGCGCCCCCGGACCAAGGCGCGCCCCCGGACCAAGGCGCGCUCCCGGACCAAGGCGCGCGCCCGGACCAAGGCGCGCCCCCGGACCAAGGUGCGCGCGCCCGGACCAAGGCGCGCGCGCCCGGACCAAGGCGCGCCCCCGGACCAAGACGCGCUCCCGGACCAAGGCGCGCGCCCGGACCAAGGCGCGCCCCAAGACCAAGGCGCGCCCCUGGACCAAGGCGCGCGCCCGGACCAAGGCGCGCGCCCGGACCGAGUCGCGCCCGGACCAAGGCGCGCGCGCCCGGACCAAGACGCGACCCCGGACCAAGGCGCGACCCCGGACCAAGGCGCGACCCCGUACCAAGGCGCGCGCCCGGACCAAGGCGCGCGCGCCCGGAUCAAGGCGCGCGUCCGGACCAAGGCGCGCGCCCGGACCAAGGCGCGCCCCCGGACCAAGGCGCGCCCCCGGACCAAGGUGCGCUCCCGGACCAAGGCGCGCGCGCGCGCCCGAACCAAGGCGCGCGCCCGGACCAAGGCGCGCGCCCGGACCAAGGCGCGCGCCCGGACCAAGGCGCGCCCCCGGACCAAGGGGCGCUCGCCCGGACCAAGGCGCGCGCGCGGACCAAGGCGCGCGCUCGGACCAAGGCGCGCGCUCGGACCAAGGCGCGCCCCCGGACCAAGGCGCGCUUCCUGACCAAGGUGCGCGCGCGCGCCCGGACCAAGGCGCACGCCCGAACCAAGGUGCGCCCCCGAACCAAGGCGCGCUCCCAGACCAAGGCGUGCGCCCGGACCAAGGUGCGCCCGAGGACCAAGGCGCGCCCCCGGACCAAGGCGCGCCCCUGGACCAAGGCGCGCGCCCGGACCAAGGCGCGCGCCCAGACCAAGGCGUACCCGGACCAAGGCGCGCGCGCCCGGACCAAUGCGCGCCCCCGGACCAAGGCGCGCCCCCGGACCAAGGCGCACUCCCGGACCAAGACGCGCUCCCGGACCAAGGCGCGCGCCCGGACCAAGGCGCGCCCCAGGACCAAGGCGCGCCCCCGGACCAAGGCGCGCCCCUGGACCAAGGCGCGCGCCCGGACCAAGGCGCGCCCCCGGACCAAGGCGCGCCCGGACCAAGGCGCGCGCGCCCGGACCAAUGCACGCCCCCGGACCAAGGCGCGCCCCCGGACCAAGGCGCGCCCCCGGACCAAGGCGCGCCCCCGGACCAAGGCGCGCUCCCGGACUAAGGCGCGCCCCCGGACCAAGGCGCGCCCCCGGACCAAGGCGCUCCCUCGGACCAAGGCGACCAAGGCGCGCUCCCGGACCAAGGCGCGCGCCCGGACCAAGGCGCGCCCCCGGACCAAGGCGCUCCCUCGGACCAAGGCGUGCCCCCGGACCAAGGCGCGCGCGCCCGGACCAAGGCGCGCGCGCGGACCAAGGCGCGCGCUCGGACCAAGGCGCGCGCUCGGACCAAGGCGCGCCCCCGGACCAAGGCGCGCCCCCGGACCAAGGCGCGCCCCCGGACCAAGGCGCGCGCGCCCGGACCAAGGCGCGCGCGCCCGGACCAAGGCGCUCGCCCGGACCAAGGCGCGCGCCCGAACCAAGGCGCGCCCCCGGACCAAGGCGCGCCCCCGGACCAAGGCGCGCGCCCGGACCAAGGCGCGCGCGCGGACCAAGGCGCGCGCUCGGACCAAGGCGCGCCCCCGGACCAACGCGCGCGCCCCCGGACCAACGCGCGCGCGCCCGGACCAACGCGCGCGCGGCCGGACCAAGGCGCGCGGCCGGACCAAGGCGCGCGCCCGGACCAAGGCGCGCGCCCGGACCAAGGCGCGCGCUCGGACCAAGGCGCGCCCCCGGACCAACGCGCGCGCGCCCGGACCAACGCGCGCGCGGCCGGACCAAGGCGCGCGCCCGGACAAAGGCGCGCGCCCGGACCAAGGCGCGCCCCCGGACCAAGGUGCGCUCCCGGACCAAGGCGCGCGCCCGGACCAAGGCGCGCGCCCGAACCAAGGCGCGCCCGGACCAAGGCGCGCGCGCCCGGACCAAUGCGCGCCCCCAGACCAAGGCGCGCCCCCGGACCAAGGCGCGCCCCCGGACCAAGGUGCGCCCCCGGACCAAGGCGCGCUCCCGGACCAAGGCGCGCGCCCGGACCAAGGCGCGCCCCCGGACCAAGGCGCUCCCUCGGACCAAGGCGUGCCCCCGGACCAAGGCGCGCGCGCCCGGACCAAGGCGCGCGCGCGGACCAAGGCGCGCGCUCGGACCAAGGCGCGCGCUCGGACCAAGGCGCGCCCCCGGACCAAGGCGCGCCCCCGGACCAAGGCGCGCCCCCGGACCAAGCUUCAACGGACCCGACUUGUACCGCCUGCCUCGCUGGACAAGCUCGAGGCCCGACUUCUACCAUUCUCCAGCUUCAUCGGACCUGAUUUCUACGGCCUGCCUCACACGACCCCACUCCUCGCUUCAAUCCUUCCCUCCUUCCCCUUUCCAUAUCCUCUCCUUCCGCCCUUACAGGCGGGCGCACUGGACAAGCUAGAGGCAUUCACCAGCUUCAACGGACCUGAUUUCUACGGCCUGCCUCGCAACUCCCGCCGCAUCACUCUCGUCCGCCAACCGUGGGCCGUGCCCGACUCGUACCCGUAUGCUGAUGGGGGCUCUCUCGUGCCCAUGCUGGCAGGCGAGCAGCUGGACUGGCAGCCGUGGGCCGUGCCCGACUCGUACCCGUAUGGGGAAGGCAAUGGCUCCCUCGUGCCCAUGCUGGCAGGCGAGCAGCUGGAGUGGCAGCCGUGGGCCGUGCCCGACUCGUACCCAUAUGCCGAUGGCGGCUCCCUCGUGCCCAUGCUGGCAGGCGAGCAGCUGGACUGGCAGGUGCUGCUGUUUGAUAUCUGA